UCUCUCUUUCUCUCUCUGUCUUUUAACAAAUCUCGCCUUUUAUAGACCACUCUCUCACUCCAUCUCUCACUCAAUUCUACCUUUCUUGUAUCUCACCUCUCUCUCUCUCUCUGCCUAUCUAUCUAUCUAUCUAUCUAUCUAUCUAUCUAUUUAUCCAUCACUAAUCGCUAUCCUGCUCGCUGUCGUCCUCUCUCUCUCUCUAAUCACUUCCCUUAUACUCUAUAGUCCACUCUCUUUCCUUCCCCUCUCUGAUCCAUCUACCUUUCUCCAGCCAGCUCCUCCUCCCUCUCUCUCUUCCCGCUCCAUCCACUACAGCCAACUUUCUCCCUCCUACUCCGACUACUCUCUCUCUUUACUCAGUCCCUCGCUCUACCAGUUAUGAAUGUUGCAGGGUUUGUGGCUGAUGUAAGAACGGACGGCGGGAGAUGUGACCGUCAUCAAGUGUCGUCGUCCACCUCUUCCCCGUCAUCGUGUCAACACGAUGACAAAAGGAGUAAACAAACAGCCAACAACAGUCCCAACCGACGUCAGACACCCAACACCCCUUAUCGAGUUUUCGGUAAACGUCUCCUGAGAACCAGCCAGUUUGUGGUAUCCAGUCGAAUAUGGCUGCACACGAUACCAACACGGAACUGCGAUGUCCUGAUGACAUUCCCACCCAAAACGGAAGACGCCAAGUUGAUGUGGGUCCUGAAACAGCUGAAGGAAAAGGCUCCACAGAUUAUUGUCCAUGUUCGACAUCAUGCCAAAACGGAAGUCUUUGGGUUUUACAUGACAGCUAGUUACCAAAGUUUGUUGAAAGGGGCCGAGAACCUGUGUAUCCGCAAGUCCCUAAAACAAGAUUAUGGUGGUGGAAUGAAAGAAUUCACUUUUGAAGAACAAGACUUAUUUGAAAAUAUCCACAAUGAAAUGGAAUUCUUCACAAGUCAAGAACGGCAAAGUAUUGUUUAUGGUAUGCUGAAUAAUGUGCGCUCUACUGGACAUGAACACAUUCAUGAUAUUGUAUUCCGAGAAGGACAAGCCAUUAUUCCAACUUUGGUAACAAACAAUGUCAUCUCUAACGUCUUCCCAUUGCACAACAAUGAUGACCUGAUCCGACUGCGUAAUGGCUGGGUGAAUGCAUUUUGUAAGACGCAACCUCUGAAUCAAAUCUGUGAAUACUUUGGAGUGAAGAUUGCCAUGUAUUUUGCUUACUUGGGACAUUACACAACUGCUCUAUGUAUUCCUGCUCUUAUAGGACUUCUUGUGUGGACUAUGGAAGGAUAUGAACAGGAGUCUAGGAAUUUACGUCUUCAAAGCACUGACAGACCAAUGACAUUCGAUGAUUGGUGCUUUGUUGGUUUUGCGUUGUUUAAUGUGUUGUGGGCCACUCUUUACUUGGAACACUGGAAGCGAAGAUCAGCUGAGCUGGCUUACAAGUGGGGGACACUAGACAAAAAUGAUGAAGUUGUCAUAGAUCCCCGGCCUUUUUAUAAGGGAGAACUUGAAGUAAGUAGUGUCACUGGAAGGCUGGAACCAUUCUAUCCAAUAUGGAAAAGGAAUAUGUUCCGCUACUUUGUAACCCUUCCUGUUGUCAUCUUAUGUCUUUGCAUUGUUUUUGCUGUGAUGCUGGCCAACUUUUACAUUGAGGAACUCAUCACGAAAUUAGUCAACACCGGUGAAUAUGCUUUCAUUGCCAAAGUUUUCCCGAAAGUUUGCCAUGCUGCUUCCAUCUUCACACUCGAUCGAAUGUACACCAGAGUUGCAUACUGGCUUAAUGAUAUGGAGAAUUACAGGAUGCAAGAGGCUUACGAAAACCAUCUCAUCAUUAAACUUGUUCUGUUUCAGUUUGUGAAUUCAUUCCUGUCUCUGUUUUACAUCGCAUUUUAUCUGCAAGAUAUGGAACUUCUGAGAGAGCAACUGAUGGCUCUUCUGAUAAUGCGCCAAAUUAUUGGAAAUGUGAAAGAAGCUUUGUUACCAUAUCUGAUGUGGCACUUUCGUAUGAUAAAAGCUGGACUGAUCACAACAGUGGAAUCACCAGAGAAGGAAUGUGGUGAACUUCCAUUAAAUACAGAGACUAAAAAACCCUACAACUUUGAAGCAUCGGCGGAAGAAGAGGAACAUCUCACUCCAGAGAUGACCAACACAAAUGAAACGGCUGAUCAACGAGAAAACAGUGAAGAAAAAACUGCAGGGAACAAUCCUGAAAAUGAAGAUGAAAAAUCUUUCAUUGGGGAUUUGUCCGACAAUAGGGACUGUAUGGAACUGCCCCCUCGUAAAGCUUCAGCUGUGAACUCACCAAGCCAAGCUGAAGUUGAAAGUACGAUGAGUGAGUACGAAGAUACAUUUGAAGAUUAUUUGGAAAUGUUUAUCCAGUUUGGUUACGUGACUCUAUUCUCUUCAGCUUUUCCCCUUGCUGCCAUCUGCGCUCUACUCAACAAUGUUAUAGAAAUUCGUUCGGAUGCAUUUAAACUUUGCAUGACUUGUCAGCGUCCUUUCGGCCAACAAGUUGAGAAUAUUGGAACCUGGGCUGACGCAUUGAUGUUAAUGGGCAUUCUGGCUGUGAUAGUUAACUGUGCUCUGAUUGGUGUGUUUGGUCACAUGACACGGAUUGUCCCGGGACUGGGCAGCACAUCAUAUCUUUUUCUGAUAAUUGUUCUUGAGCACAUCAUUCUUGGAGUAAAGAUGUGGAUUGCUUAUGCCAUACCUGACAUUCCUCAAUGGGUCGCUACAGAAAUGUCACGUCUUGAUUUUCUACGACGAGAAGCUUUCAAGAAACUUGAUUCUCACCAACCUCAUAAUGUUGUUCAUACGUCAAAGCCAGAGAAUCCAGUUCGUUCACAGUCAUUACCACCAACAUCCAACCAGAAUCCUCACCAACCUCCACAUUCUUCAGUUUCUACUUCGGCAAACACAAUGUCUGUUGGAGACACAGCAUACAUCACCAGACCUUCCACAUUCCAAGAAUCUUUCAGUUCACAACUUCGACAUAGACAAACGCCAUCAGUUUCGGCCGGAACAUCAUGAAAAUAACUAGAAUUAAACACAAACCAACCACCGCUUCCCUUUAACUUGGGGAAGAGGAAAAACUUUUGAUUCAUUUUCAAUAAAUCAUCUUUUCUUUGAAACAAACCAACAAAGAUGAAUUUUUUUUUUAAAUCAAUAUUUGUUGAUUCUUUCAGUGAAAUUUUAACAUUUUUUCCAUGGACAUUUUUUGUGAUUGAAGCAAAAUUGUGUGUAAGCUGUUGUUAUUGGUUUUGUCUUAGCAAAACCAAAUUUAUCAGAUAUUCCCUUGUUUUUGUUUUAACCAUUUUACUGAAUCAUGUCUUUGGGGUUUAAAGAUGUUGUACUGCCAAAUCGUUACGAGUUCAAACUUUAAUAACUACAAUCAGCGUGUUCUAUCCCUGGGACAAGAUACAUACCUCCGCUUCCCUUUGUUUGCCUGGCCAUCAACAGGUUGAAGGACAAAUAUUUAUUUGCCCAGUUCUGCCUGGCUGACAAACAGGUUCCCCAUUGAGGAAGAAAACAUCCAGCAAUAUGCAAAUGUCCCAAAACCAUCUCGUCCGUGUGUCAGGGCGAACCAAACUAAAAUACUAAUAAUAAAUGCUCAACUCUAAAAAUAUUUAAGAAAUGAGAAAUAAUUUAUUCUCCCUUAAUUUAUCGUUAAAUUUUCAAAAAUAAUUAUUUAAUUUUUAUAUUUCAAUUUGUAACAUUUUCAAAGAUAAAAUAUUUGGUUUGGUGUCAA